GCGUCUGCGCGGUGCGCGCUCGGGAAACUUCUUCGGGGCCUGGGAGCCGGGCGCAAGCGGUGUGCAGGAGGCCGGGUUUGGACAGCACUUCUCUCGGCGUGCGUUCGUGUGCAGCGGGCGGUGGCGGUUGCGCUGCUGAGAGAUUACACGCAGAAUGCCAGCUCUUAGUUGUCGAUUUUACCAACACAAAUUUCCAGAAGUGGAAGAUGUGGUCAUGGUAAAUGUCCGUUCUAUUGCCGAGAUGGGCGCCUAUGUAAGCCUUCUAGAGUACAACAACAUCGAAGGCAUGAUUCUUCUCAGUGAGCUUUCAAGGAGACGUAUCCGAUCCAUCAACAAACUUAUUCGCAUAGGUAGAAAUGAGUGUGUAGUUGUAAUUAGAGUGGACAAAGAGAAAGGCUACAUUGAUCUGUCCAAACGUAGAGUUUCACAAGAAGAAACCAUAAAAUGUGAAGACAAGUUUACCAAAUCCAAGACUGUGUACAGUAUCUUGCGGCACGUCGCUGAGGUGCUUGAGUACACGAAAGAUGAGCAGCUAGACUCCCUAUUUCAGAGAACAGCCUGGGUCUUUGAUGAGAAGUACCGGCGGCCUGGAUAUGGAGCUUAUGAUGCAUUUAAACACGCAGUUUCAGACCCUACCAUUCUGGACAGUCUUGACUUGACAGAAGAAGAGCGGAGUGUAUUACUCGAAAAUAUUAGACGGCGUCUGACCCCACAGGCUGUUAAAAUUCGAGCAGAUAUUGAAGUUGCGUGUUACGGAUAUGAAGGUAUUGAUGCUGUAAAAGAGGCACUUCGAGCUGGUCUAGAAUGUUCUACAGAAAGCAUGCCCAUUAAGAUAAAUCUCAUAGCUCCUCCAAGAUAUGUCAUGACUACCACAACACUUGAGCGUACAGAAGGUCUUUCUAUUCUAAACCAAGCAAUGUCGGCAAUUAAAGAACGUAUAGAGGAGAAAAGAGGAGUGUUCAACAUCCAGAUGGAGCCUAAGGUGGUUACAGAUACUGAUGAAACAGAAUUGGCUAGACAACUUGAGCGACUGGAGCGGGAAAAUGCUGAAGUCGACGGAGAUGAUGAUGCAGAUGAAAUGGAAGCAAAAAAUGAGGAUUAAAUACUUACUGGAUUCUAGAAAUUGACCAGAAGAGAGAAAAUUCCCUUCAAAAUUCAGACUACAAAGCUAUCUUUUUUUUUUGGAUUUAUCCAAAAUACUUCAUGCACAUAUUUCAUUUCUCAUUUUCCUAAUGUGACUGGCUAUUGUUCUGAACAUCUUCAUAUCAAUUAAAAAACAAACCAGGUUAAUCAACUUCUUUGAACUGCAACUGCUAGAGUUUUUAUUAAAAAAAUAUUAAACACGCAAGCUGAUCCUUGCUGUUAAAUUUGCAGCCAGUCUUCCACGCAAAUCACUAAUUGGAAUUUUACAAGUAUUUGAUCCUCUGGAAGAAAGGAAUUUUUUCUCAAAAGAUUGUAUUCAGAACAUCUAACAAAAAAUAAACAUUGGCAAAAUAAUCUUUGAAACUUCAAGCCUUUUAUUUUGUAUUUUUGGCACUGCCUUUAUGCACUAUCUGAUAUAUCAAUAGUUGUGAGUAACAAAGUAAAGCAUCUAUUUUCUUUUGAUGUGGGGAAGCUGCCUGUAGUCAAGUUGAGUUCUCUCUGCAAAUCUGUUUUUGCAUUUUCAUUGUGUAACUUGUCAGCACAUGAAAUUUGGCAUGCUAUUUUUAAUCAUGAAUUUGGCUUAUUCAUUUACGCUGAGUACUAUAAAAAUAGUAUGGCUGCGUGUUUCUGCUGAAAAUUUUAUAGUGCUUUAUUUUGAUAUUUCACUAAAGUUUUCACGACUAUUAUGUAUUUAGUUCUUAAAAUAUCAAGAACUUAAGCCUGCUUCUGAACUGCGCCUAUUUUUCAUGCUCAGUUAGCUCACACCCACAAAUUGUGAAGGUGAUCUUAAUAGACAAAAAUAUUCAUGUCCCAAGUACAGGCUGCCAAUUCUGCUUUCCAACCAAACCAUUUGUUGGCUUAAAAGUAAUUUUUUUUUGUGGCAUUAACACUUCGGUAUCUAGCUUACUAAGGCAGAUUACUUACUUUUUUUUUGGUUAUUGGAAUUGUCUUGCCAUAUUUUCAAAUGCUUGUUAGACUGUGGUAACAUGACGUUGCUUAAGUACUGGUGCCAUGUGGGGAACAAUUAAACGUGAUGCUGGACUCAUUACUAUAAUACAUCACAAAUUCAUAGAAUACGAAUUGAUCCCAGAAAAGAGUUUGGAUUGUAAAAUGGAAGUCUCAUAGCAUUUAUUACAUUUUCCAGAUGCCCACUGGUUUGUAAAUUCAUUGACUGUCCUUAAACUGUGCAUCAAAUAGUUAUUCAUUUUAUUUUGAAUCGUGAACUUUCCACUGAAUUUUGGAGAAUGAUGUGUUUUAAAGCUCUUGAUCUGGUAAGCUCAAGACUUGUGUGCUGGAUUAGCAAGUUUUCUGUUGUCUAUUUUCUAGUAAAUGAUUAAGUUUCAAGGGAGCAAGGGUAAACUGCACCAAAUAGUUACAAGGCAUUGGUGAGAGCACUGGUGAGCCAGAUGCCAAACCAUCAGGAUUUCUAUUUCAGCAGAAAGCAGAUUAUCAGAGACCAUCUAAUUUCUAAAGCCGGUAUUAUAUUAGCAACUCUCUAUAUCACACCUGUUACAUUGAGUGAUAUUUGAAACAUUGAAGAGAGCAUCAUUUGACCAACUAAGCUAUGUUAAAAUUGCCCUGCACCUUUUACGUUUGUGUGUGGUAUCAUUUUUUUUCCUUUCCAGUCACUUUUUAAUAACACAAUUAUACUUAACGCGGUUCCCAUUCCUUCACACUCCUGUAAAAGUUGUCAUUUAAUACCUCCACCAGUUCUUUAUUAUUUGCAUAUUUAAGAUAUAUUGUCUAAUGAUCUGUUUGUUGUUAUAGCUAAGUCAUAAUCCUUCACCUCUAAAUUGAUUUUCUUUGGUAUAUCUACCACUGGAUUUGUUAGGUUAUUUAGAUAUUUACCCUUUUCAGGAAUGCUAACUUUUAAGUUUAAAUUGCAUGGCCUCUAAGGAGGAAUGUGAGACGUUCAUUCUGCAGUGUAAAGUUCCUGGAGAGAAUCUGUACCUAUUAGUGCCAUUUUAAUACUUGUAACAACCUGAUUGUUGAACAGUGUAAGUGUUUAUGUGCCAUAGAAAAGAGUAUGGGGAAUUUCUACCAUAAUGCAACUUCCAACAUUUUUAUUACUUAAUCUGUAAGAGCAAUUCAUUUGAUUUUGAUAUUUUCAGACAGGCAAUGUAAGCUAUAAUUAAUGUAUUAUUUGAUAAUUGAAUUUGGCAUGUCUUGAUAGAAACUAAAAUUUUGGCGGUUUCUCUGGGGUGGGAGGAGGUGAAACCUUUUGCAAAUUUGGUUUUAUUACAGAAGAGACUUAAUAUCAAAAGUUUGCUUGUGCAAUAAA